AUGUCUUCCACACAUCAUGGUCCUUUCUGCGGUUGUUCCAAAACAGAUUUUGAGGAGCUCCAAAAAUUUGUUCGUCAACUCACUAGCGGUGAUGCACUAGUUGACAACAGGGAAACCAAUUUUCACAAAGUUUUGAGCCACCAAAUGAAUCGAUGCACACUAUCGGAUGAGUGGGAGAGAAUCGACACACCGCGGACCGAUGUAUCACCAGAGAUAAAGACGGAGGCCCAAAAAUUGGCUGAAUAUAGAGAAGCGGCGGAAUGGGAGGAUAUGGGGAUACCGAACCAACAAGAAUACAUCGACCACCUGGAACGUGUUGUCAUCGAGCAAAAGGAAAAAAUCGGAGAUAUGGUGAUGAAGGAUUACGAUACCAGAGCAUUCAUCCGACUCAAAGAUAAUAUAAUUGCGACGUUGGAUGAUGAAAAGGAUUUCUGUGUGGAUUUAUAUCUGAAAGCGUUUGGUGAGGAGAACUCGAUGAGACAGGAGAAUGAGAAAUUGAAAGAAGAAGUGGAGAGGAUGAAGGGGAAGCUGGAGAUGACGGAUUAUGUCGUUGUCCCUCCUGAGAGCAAGUUUAACAAAUUCAAGCUCAAAACCUCAUUUGGUCAUAAGAAGCCAGGUUCCAGACCAAACAAUCUGGAGUUGAUUAAGGCCAAAAAAGAGUUGGAGCACGCAAGGAGCCACAUUGAGAUGAUGCGAAAGGUGCAUGCGAUGGAAAAACAGCAACUGAUGGAGGAAAUUGAGAAGUUAAAGGGGAAGCGAGGAAAUUAG